CAUCAGAGAGUCAAAAAUAAGAAUGAAUCUGAACCCAGUUCUGUGUCCUUAAGCAGCGACAUAUCCAUGCAUCACAUCCUUGAGUUCUCAUCCAAACAUCCUUCUGCUUCAACAAGAGCCGAUGGGAGGAAGGAUGUUCCCAGUGAUUAUUGCGGCCGGCAGGAUCAAACACAACUGGACUCCAUAUUCACGCUGCUGGAGGACAAUAUUAUCGAUUUUGUGAGGAAGGAGCUCAAGAUAAUCCAGAAGUUUCUGAGCACUGACCGUCCAGAGCUCAUUGUGGGUCAGAGGGAGGAUGAAGAGGUGCUGGAAGGUGAUGAUGAAGAGCAGAGAAGGAACAACAGUAAAGCAUUAGUGAAGAUCGUCCUGAAUUUUCUGAAGAGGAUGCAGCAGGAGGAGCUGUCUGUCUGUCUGCAGAGCAAACACUGUGCUGCUGUUUGUGAGGCUAAACAUAAAUCUGCUGUGAAGAAGAGGUUCCAGUGUGUGUUUGAGGGGAUCGCUAAAGCAGGAAGUCCAACCCUUCUGAACCAGAUCUACACAGAGCUCUACAUCACAGAGGGAGGGACUGGAGAGGUCAAUGAUGAACAUGAAAUCAGACAGAUUGAAGCAGCAUCCAGGAAACCACACAGACCAGAAACAACUAUCAGACAAGAAGACAUCUUUAAAGUCCCACCUGGAAGAGAUCAACCAAUCAGAACAGUGAUGACAAAGGGAGUGGCUGGCAUUGGGAAAACAGUCUUAACCCAGAAGUUCACUCUGGACUGGGCUGAAGGCAAAGCCCACCAGAACAUCCAGUUCAUAUUUCCAUUUACCUUCAGAGAGCUGAAUGUGCUGAAAGAGAAAAGGUUCAGCUUGGUGGACCUUGUUCAUCACUUCUUUACUAAAACCAAAGAAAUCUGCAGCUUUGAACACUUCCAGGUUCUGUUCAUCUUUGAUGGUCUGGAUGAGAGUCGACUUCCUCUGGACUUCCAGAACCAGGAGAUCCUGACUGAUGCUACAGAGUCCACCUCAGUGGAUCUUCUGCUGACAAACCUCAUCAGGGGAAAACUGCUUCCCUCUGCUCGCAUCUGGAUAACCACACGACCUGCAGCAGCCAAUCAGAUCCCUCCUGAGUGUGUUGACAUGGUGACAGAGGUCAGAGGGUUCACUGACCCUCAGAAGGAGGAGUACUUCAGGAAGAGGUUCAGAGAUGAGGAGCAGGCCAUGAGGAUCAUCUCCCACAUGAAGACAUCAAGAAGCCUCCACAUCAUGUGCCACAUCCCAGUCUUCUGCUGGAUCACUGCUACGGUUCUGGAGGACGUGUUGGAGACCAGAGAGGGAGGACAGCUGCCGAAGAUGCUCACUGAGAUGUACAUCCACUUCCUUCUGGUUCUGUUCAAAGUGAAGAAGGUCAAGUAUGAUGGUGGAGAUGCAACAGAUGCAGACUGGAGUCCAGAGAGCAGGAAGAUGAUUGAUUCUCUGGGAAAACUGGCUUUUGAUCAGCUGCAGAAAGGAAACCUGAUCUUCCAUGAAUCAGAGCUGACAGAGUGUGGCAUCGAUAUCAGAGCAGCCUCAGUGUACUCAGGAGUGUUCACUCAGAUCCUCAGAGAGGAGAGAGGAGGACUGUUCCAGGACAAGGUGUUCUGCUUCAUUCAUCUGAGUGUUCAGGAGUUUCUGGCUGCUCUUCAUGUUCAUCUGACCUUCAUUAACUCUGGUGUCAACCUUCUGGAAGAAAGACAAACUUUUCUCUGCUUUUAUCAGAGUGCAGUAGACAAGGUCCUACAGUUUCCAAACGGACAUCUUGACCUGUUCCUCCGCUUCCUCCUGGGACUUUCCCUGCAGACCAAUCAGAGUCUGCUACAAGGUCUGACGUCACACAGAGGAACUAACAUCAAGACCAACCAAGAGGCUGUCAGCUACAUCAAGAGCAAGAUCAACGAGGAACAUCUUGCUGUAGAGAAAAGCAUCAAUCUGUUCCACUGUCUGAAUGAACUCCAUGAUCAUUCUCUAGAGGAGGAGAUACAACAGUCCCUGAGAUCAGGAAGUCUUUCUACAGAUAAACUGUCGCCUGCACAGUGGUCCGCCCUAAUCUUCAUCUUGCUGUCAUCAGAGAAAGAUCUCGACGUGUUUGACCUGAAGAAAUAUUCUGCUUCAGAGGAUUUUCUCCUUAAGCUGCUGCCGGUGGUCAAAGCUUCCAACCGAGCUAUACUGACUGGCUGUAACCUCACAGAGACGAGCUGCAAAGCUCUGGCCUCAGUUCUCAGCUCCCAGUCCUCCAGUCUCAGAGAACUGGACCUGAGUAACAACAACCUGCAGGAUUCAGGUGUGAAGCUUCUCUCUGCUGGACUGGCGAGUCCAAACUGCAAACUGGAGAUUCUUAGGCUAUCAGGCUGUCUGAUAUCAGAGGAAGGCUGCACUUCUCUGGCAUCGGCUCUGAGCUCCAACCCUUCACAUCUGAAAGAGUUGGACCUGCGCUACAAUCAUCCAGGAGAAGCAGGCUUGAGGCAGCUGUUGGCUGGACAGAAGGAUACACACUGGAGACUUGAAACUCUCAGGGUGGACCCUCAUGGAGACCAAUGGUUGGUACCAGGUUUGACAAAGUAUUCCUGUCAACUCGAAAUCGACACAAACACCGUGAACAGCAAACUCAGACUGUCUGAUGGCAACAGGAAGGUGACACGUGUGGAAGAGGAACAGUUAUAUCCUGAUCAUCCUGACAGAUUUGAUGUCUGGCCACAAUUACUGUGUCAAAAUAAACUAGAGGACGGUCGUUUUUACUGGGAGGUUGAAUGUAAAGGAGAUGUUACUAUAUCUGCCAGUUACAGAAGAAUCAGGAGGAAAGGAACCAGUCAGGAUGUCGUGUUUGCAGUGAAUGAUCACUCAUGGAGUCUGACAUGUUCUAAUGAUGGUAGUUACUCUUACUGUCACAAUAAGAUACAAACACCCAUUUCUACCUCCACAUCCUCGUCCCCCACCCACUCUCCCUCUUAUUUAUCCUACUUCUUUUCCUCUCCAUCCUCCUCAUCCUCUGUCUUGAACAGAGUAGCGGUGUAUGUGGACUAUCUUGCUGGCAUUGUGUCCUUCUACAGAGUCUCCUCAGAUACACUGAUUCACCUCCACACCUUCAACACCACAUUCACUGAGCCUCUUUAUCCUGGAUGUGGAUUGUGGUCUGAUUUCUCAGAGUUUCAGACCAUGUAAUGUCUUGUUUCUUAUCUUGUUUUUUUUCUGUUUGUCAUCAAAGCCUCACAGUGAAUAUCAGCAUGUUGUGCUGAAUGCAAACUGUAAAAUCAGAAAGAAACCUCCAUCGAUCCCAUGCAUCAAAUUCAGCAGAAAGAAGCAUUGUGUACCAGUUUAUGUAUCAGGUGGCAUUUGAUCAGACAGAGAAAAAAUAUUUUAGGAAUACAUUGAAUUUUAUUAACAUAAAAACUCCAGGUCCAGACCUGAUGAGGCAUUCCUCAAAACCUCAUGAACAGCAUCUGAAAAGAGGAAUCACAUUGUAAUUUCUACACUUCCUGUAUCCCUCAAAUGACUCUUUAAAAAAAUUCACUGGUGACAAAUCUGUGAAAGCAGAUCUGAUUCUGGCUCCUCACAACUAGCAGGGAUUCCGCCUUGCUGCACUCACAGACUGGCCAGUCUUCAUGCAGCAAUCCCUCCCAGCUGCAGUCAGAGUAAGGGAUUUCUUCCCUCCGUAACCACAAUAUAAAUUAUUCACACAUGCACAGGUAUGCCAAUGACUUGGUUACUGUUGUUGAAGUCUCUCUAGCGGACCAUAAUGUGAAGAACAAACUAAACUAAAACAAAUAUUUUUUUUUUAUCUCUGCUAGUUUCCUUUUGGUCACUUGUGCCAGUCGCCAGCCCAGAUAAAGGAGUGUUAUUUGAGAUUAAUAAAAAAACACAUUUAUUUAGAGUGUUUUUACUCACUUUGUCUUUUCCACAAGUACAAUUUUUGUCUCUCUUAUUAUAGUCACAAGCACAUUACCAUAUAGGCAGGUUAGGUAAUGACAUUCAGUAACUUCUAGCAAUUUUUAGAACACCCCUACUGAGUUGGCAUCGACUCACCGUGCCUGAAACAUGACUGC